AUGGCCGCUGCCUUGACUCCAGUCUAUGGAUUGGAAACACCACACACAAUUACUAAGUUGAAUCAUCGACAAGUCGCCACAGAGACCUCGUCACUGAGCACUCCAACAACAAUGAUUACCUUUACGACAACCGAACUCAUUGUCAUCGAUGGCGAAACGAACGCUGUCCUUACUAUACCGGCGAAGACGAUUACACUUGCACUUCCAACCUGUAUACAAACUGUUAUGCCGGACAGCAAUGGCCAUGUUCCACCGGGAACGUGCGGUGCUAUCUGGGAUUAUUACCCUAGCUAUGGAGCAGCUAUCGCCUUCACGAUACUGUUUGCAGCUUUAGUCGCAGCUCAUAUAUGGAUGGCUAUCAAGUACCAAAAGGUUCGGGUAAAUGCGUUUGCUUACAUGACUUUUGGACGCAUGAUCUACUACUUUCACCCAUCUCGAGCAAUAUUCCGAAUGCCAGCAGCCACAAUCUCGGCUAUUUUUGUGUUCUUUGACCUGACUGCUUUUGUGGUUCAACUCAUUGGCGGUUCCAUGGCUGGCCCAUCCGCCAGCCCAGAGGCCCAAGAACGAGGACUCAAUCUUUAUAUGGGUGGGAUUGGCUUUCAACAAUUCAUGAUCCUGGUGUUUGUUGGGCUCUGUGUUGCAUUCCAGCUUCAGAUGACCAGGUUCAAGACUGUUCAUGGAAACUCCAGCAUUCUUCAUGACCGCCGAUACUGGAUGCCUCUGUUGUCUGCCCUGUACAUCGCACUAGCCAUGAUCACGGUCCGAAUCAUAUAUCGAUUGGUCGAGUUCUCGGGUGGAAUUGAAAAGGGUAGUGUUUUGACGACACGUGAGGUUUAUUUCUAUCUUCUGGAAGCAGUUCCAAUGCUGUGCGCGUUGACAUGCUUCGCUGUUUGUCAUCCUGGAAGAUUCAUGAAUGGACCUGGCUCAGAUAUGCCUGGCAUUUUUUCAUUGUUAAGGAACAAACUUUUCCCUCGUUCAAGUAGGAAAGGCGUACUCCGAGACGGUGGCUACAAUAGCGACAGGCACGAAUUGGCACCGAGGACCGAUGUAUAUUGA